AUGGACGCCGCCUCGCGCCUCGAGUGCCCGAGCUGGGCGUGGGAGCGGUUUCGCGCCGCUUAUGGCGACGGCGUCGAUGCGGAGCUGCGCGCGCUGCAGCUGGACGCCCCGCUGGACUUGCGGGUAAACACGCUCAAGGCGACGCGGCACGAGGCGCUCGCCGCGAUCCGCUCCGCCGGCUUCGCGGCGGAGCGGACGCCCUAUUCGCCGGUGGGCAUCCGGCUGCCCUCGCGAGCGGUUGCUUUGGGUGCGAUCCCCGGGCUGCGCGAGGGGGUUGUCGACCCUCAGGACGAGGGGUCUCAGCUGGUUGCGCUGCUGCUGGGCGCAAAGCCGGGCGAGCACGUCGUCGACUACUGCGCGGGCGCAGGCGGCAAGACGCUCGCGCUCGCGGCGCAGAUGCGCAACAAGGGGCGGCUGGUUGCGAUGGACGUCGAUCACGCGCGACUCGAGCGCGGGGCGCCGCGCCGCAAGAAGGCGGGGGUGGACAACGUGCAGACGCACGUCAUCGAGCAGGGCAAGGACAACUUCGACCGGGUACUCGUCGACGCGCCUUGCUCCGGCGUCGGCGCCUGGCGGCGCAACCCAGACGCCCGCUGGCUGCGCCGGACGCGUCCCAUAGAAGAGCUGCUUCCCGUGCAGGCGGAGGUGCUGCAGCGCGCCGCAAGGCUCGUCCGUCCAGGCGGCACUCUGGUUUACGCCACCUGCUCGCUGCUGCCCGAGGAGAACGAGGCGCAGGUCGAGGCUUUCCUGGCCUCGGCCGACGGGGCCGAGUUUGAGCUCGCGCCACCGGAGCACUUUGGUGCGCCCUUCGACGACGGCUACCUGCGGCUCAGCCCCGCGAGGCACGGUUGCGACGGGUUCUUUGGCGCGGCGCUCGUUCGGUCGGAGGGAGGGUGGACCCGAAGGGGGAGACGCACGGCUGGUGCUAGCUGCUAG